UUUCAGCCCUUGAAAUGACGGAACACAUUCAUUUCUUUCCAGUUAAAUUCACCAAAACAAAGAAAAGCUCUUCUCUUUAUUUUUGGUUUUCGUCUACCACCAAUGGCAAACGUUUCUUACCUUCGCAGCCACCUCCACCACGACGCCGACGACGACUCUCACCACCACCACUACCGCCGUCCUCACCACCUUCGUGACCUAACUGCUGACCCUUACUUCCCUCUCUUCUCCUCCUCUUCCUCUUCUGAUCUUCAUUCCUCACACCCCACUCUCCACGACCGCCCUUACCCGCUUUCUGAAAAUACCAAUUUCAACAUUCGGUCGCUCGACGACGACGCUGUCUCGGAUCCCGAAUCAGUUAUCAUUGGAGGCCCCGAUCUCCUGGACCGCGAGAACCAGGUUAGUUUCGUCAUGGAUCUGUUUCAACAGCGCGUCGAACAGUCUCAGGUAAUGGGUCAUGGUUCCCAUUUGGUUUCCGAUUCGCUUAACGAUUCGGAUUUCGGUGUUAUUGAGGAGAAUUGUGAAUUGUGUAUGGAUGAUUUGCAGCUUGAUUUAGGGUUAGGGUUUGCUUUAGAUUGUCAUGAGAAUGGUGGGUUUCAAAACAUAGGCAAUGAUCAUAGUCAUGGCAAUACAAAUAAUAAUGAUUAUAGUACAAAUAUCGUUAUUGAUGAUGAUGAUGAUGAUUUCUUUGUUGAGAGAAGGCUUUCCGGGAUUCAAUCUUGUGAGGCCGAGUCUACUGUUAGCAUUCGUACGAAUGCUAUGAGGGUUGUUGGGUUUGGGUCAGAUUCGGAUUCAGAAGAGAACGAGAACACGUUAGCUAUAGACUUGCAUUCAGGGGAUGAAUAUGGAUUGAGUCGACUUAGUAUGGAAAAUGAUAUUUAUGGUAACGUUGAUGAUGAUGAGGAAGAGGAAGAUGCAAGUGUUACUAUUCCUCUUUGUUGGGAUUCGCUUCAAUUAGAAGACCAUAGAGAACAUAAUGAGGAUUUUGAAUGGGAGGAAGUGGAUGGCCGUGUUGAUGAAAGAGAGGUUCUAAGCAUGUUUGUAGAUGAUGAUGAGGCCUCUGUUUCUCUCUCCAUUUCACCUAUUAUUGCCCCUGAGGAUAUGGUAAAUGUAGAGAGAGUAGGGGUAUUGGGAAAUUUGGAAUGGGAAGUUCUAUUGAACGCUAACAACUUGGACUCAAAUCCUGAUCGUGACCAAGAACAUUAUGCUGAACCAUAUUUUGGUGUUAAUGAUGAUUAUAUUUACACUGCAGAGUAUGAGAUGUUGUUUGGGCAAUUUGCCGAAAAUGAGAAUGCAUUGAUGGGUAGGCCCCCAGCAGCAAAAUCUGUUGUUGAGAAGCUUCCAUCUGUUGUUUUGACUAACGUGGAUUUGGAGAGUAAUAAUGCUCUUUGUGCAGUUUGUAAGGAUGAGAUUAAUGUGGGGGAGAAGGCAAAGCAGUUGCCUUGCACACACCUUUAUCAUGGGGAGUGCAUCGUGCCAUGGCUGAGGAUUAGGAACACUUGCCCAGUAUGUCGAUAUGAGUUGCCUACAGAUGAUGCAGAUUAUGAGCGGAGGAAAGCGGCACAAAGAGCUGUUAUUUCUAGCCGACGCCUUUGAUGGUUUCCCAGAAAAAGAGAGAAAAGUUCUGGAAGAAAUGAUGUUGCAAUAAACAAUGGUUGGAUUUUGAAAUGAAGUAAAGCAUAUGGUAACUUCAAAUGUAAAGCACAAAAAAGCAGGCAUCCUGUCACCAUCCUUGUGAAAAUCUCCAACAGUGGGUAAAGCCAAGAGCAUUUAACCCCCACUUCACAGUUGGUGGGGUAAUCUCAUGUUUUGGUUUACUACUCUUUCUUGAGUUCAGUUUCCAAUAAAAGAAAUGGCCACUUUACCAUGUGGAAAAUAUUAUGUCUGGCUGCUCCAUACGGGGCAAAUUUUGUUCUUCCAACUUGAAAGUUGAAAG